CAACAGCUAAGCAAAGACAACAACCAAGAGCAACAAUCUUUAUCACUUAUUGGUUAAAGCACAAAGCUCAAGUGAUCGGUUCCUGUUUUGUGGUGAGUCGGGCUUUGGAGAGCUUUUCAACAGUUCACUAUGGCCUUCACAUCAACUGGUGCGAAUGAUGACUAUAUAACUGUUGUUGAAGUCGACGAUCCAACAUCGUCCACCAAAGACACAAACCAGUUGAAGAACCAGCUAGUCAAACGGCAAAGCUCUGUUGCCGAAGAUUCUUCAUUCAUCACAGUGCUGACCAUCAAUGAGAUGGAGCUACUGCAGCAGCAACAGCAGCAGGAGAAGCAGCAACAGGAAGUGCCACAGAAUCUGAAUGAAUCGGAGAAUGUUAUCCUAUAUCGUUUACCCGGUGAAAGAUUGGGAUUCGGUUUAAAAUUCCAGGGUGGUACACGGAAUACAGAGUUGGUGCAAAAACUUUAUAUACAAUCCUGCGCAGCCGAUAGUCCUGCCUCCAAAGUGGCCACCAGUUGGGGUCAUUUGCGUGAGGGAGAUGAAAUACUCAAUAUCGAUGGCCAUGAUGUCUCCCAAAUGACACGCAUCGAUUGUGUGCGUUGUCUCAAGGAUAAUGUGGCCAUUAAACUGAUUGUUCGCAAUGGCCAUGGUCAGAAGCCACCCAGCGAAGAGGAACAACAACAGCAGCAACAGCAACAAAAUCAACAAAUGGAACAACUUUCCAUCACACUAAAUGCUCAACCACCACCACCGCCUCCCGUGCCGCCAAGAAAAUUACAAGUGAAACGCCAAAAUUCCAGGGAGCAGCAGCCAAAUAAUCAAUUGGUGCAAUUGGUUAUUGAGAAACCUUUAACACCUCCACCAGAUGCUGAAUAUUAUAUUAAUCUAUUAACCGAGUCCAUAAAAGCUGAAUCCGAAUCGGAUGAUACGGCUAGCACAAUUUCCACAGUCAUUGAUAAGUUCUCGAUGAGUUCGGAUACCGAAUUGGUGGCAAAUAGUCUAAAUGGUCAUGAUUUGGCCAAAGUAUUGAAGCCAUUUACAUUGCUUGAAGAGGAAUUUCAGUUGGAGCAACAACAGCAACAGCAGCAACCGAAAUUAAUAAUACCAGGCAAUAAUUAUGAGAAUGUUGAAUUCAAGACCGAAAAAAUUAAUGUCUAUGAGAAUGUGGAAUUGACUAAAAGUCCCAUACCCAAGCCUAGGAUACAAUUGGCCACAGUGGAGCCGAAAAAGAGAUCCAUAAUACCCAUGCCACGUAAAAUAGCAACGAUCAAUAGCAACAGCAACAACAGUAGCAAUAAGUCGCUGCCAAUUGAAGUGGCACCACCAAGGAUACCCACUGCAGCCACACCUCCAGCAACACCCACAGAUGUUGUUGUUAAGGAGUCAAAUGCGACAAAAAUACCCAAGGCCAGUAUGAAUUUUUCGCGAGCCAAAACCGAGGGAGAGAUUAAAUUGCAAUUGACACCAACGAGUUCUUUAAAAAUGCAGUCACCUCAGCAAACAAAGUCACGCAUACCGAUCGUCUCGACGCCCACACAAAAGUCACCAUCGACACCAACGUCAACGACAACGACGACACCGACAACGACGACAAUGAUGAGUAAAUCACUUUUAACUAACUCACCGCCACUUGCCAAUUCAAAUAUACCUAGAUUGUUGCAAAAACAAAAAUCGGAAACAGAUUUAAAAUUGGGUUUCUAUCGUAAUAGCAAAUCAAAGGAGUCUAGUCCAACGUCACUGGGACAAUUACGUCCACCGCUGCAGAGAGCUAAUUCAGCAGAGGCUCCAGCAAGGACGCCGGAAAGAACAUUUAUACCUGUUCUACUGCUGAAUGGUAAUAACAAUAAUACCAAAAGCUCCACCGAAAGCUUAAGUUCCACUUGCAGUUCAAGCAGUGGCACUAACAACAAUGGACGUUCGCCCAAAGGACCGAAACCCAAACCACCAGAACGAGUUCAGAGUUUGCAAAAAACUCAAAUACCUAAACUACAAUUAUUACCCACAACACCGCCUCAGCAACAGCCUAAGUUGACCAUGCAGACCUUUAAGCAGCAGCAGCAACAGCAGUAUACCUCAACCUUAUCGAAUGGUACAGCCGUUGGAUUGCCGACCACACCGAAAACCACACCAGUGAAUACCCCAUCGCCCACUAGUAAUCGAGAGAUUCGUUUUAAAAUUCAAACCUAUGAGAGCAAAACUCUCGACGAGGAUAAAAUGCCCAGUCUAUUCGAUUUGGUGCACAAACAGGAUAAGGAUAAGACUAAUGAUAAUGUGGCUACAGAUAUUACGGCCCUUUUGGCGGCUGCUGCUGCCGAAGCGGAAGAUUUGGCUAGAGAAUCACCGCCACCUCUCGUUGUGGGCAAGUGUAUGAAAGUUGUGGAUGAUACACAGAAUACCACUUGCUAUUCAAGUUCGAGUAGUGAUUGUGCCGAUGAUGAUACGGGUGAUGAUGAUGUGGAUGAUGCUGCCGAAAGGGAAUAUAUAUGCGAGGAUGGUGAGAAAUUGGGACCACCCGAAUUGAUAAAUGGCCCUGGACCAUCUGAGGCAUAUUUCAAUAUGUAUUGGCACUCGAAUAUGUUGCCUACCAUUGGUGAAGUCGAAGAAGAGUUCUCCUCACUGGAACCACAAUCGUUGACAAAUGGAACCGUAGUUAAAGCCGAGAAGUUACCACAACAACAACAGCAGCAACAGUUGCCGAUGUCCAAAAUGGAAGCUAACGAAGAGAAUGAUAAGAUAAUUGACCAUGACGCAGCCGAUAAGAGCUUGGAUCAAACAUUAACAAAUUCUUCGACCUCAACAAAAACGAUACAGGAGGAAAGUGUAUCCGAAAGUUCGGUGAAAAGUCAACGCAGUAGCACCACUACAACCACUAAAGUAACCACCAUGAAGACUAGUAGUAGUAGUAGCUCAAGUAGUAGUACCAGCACUAGCACAAGCAGUUCAUCCAAUGUUCUGAUACCAGACAUUGCCUUCAAACUUCAACCAUAUGAGGAAAGACAAGGAGAUGGUGGUGAAAACGAACCGAUUAUGACAACGACCAAGACAACGACCACAGUGCACGAGGAGCGUCGUGUGAAGAGUGAGGAGCAAAUUUUAAGCGCAUUACGAACAACCGAUCCAUUGACCGGUGAGAAAAAAUUGUUAACCAAUGUGGCAACCAAAUCGAACAGUGCACGCUUUAAGAAGAUCAGCAGCAACGACAAUUUGCUCGACCUUGGUGACGAGCAGCUGCAGCCGUUGACUGCCACUGUCUCGGCAGAGAUGCGUUUGACCGAGCGUUUGGAUAAUCCACAGGAUAAACAAAGUAUUGAAACGGGUAUUUUGACCUUAUCCGAAUGUGGCAAACAGUUGCAGUUGGCCGAAAAUGGUAAUGGCCUAACAUAUACAGAGUGCGAGGAGAUCAAUAAGGAGACAUAUCUUGAAGGGGAACAGAUAUUGAAUGGCAAUGACAAUGAUCAUCAUGAACAAGACGACGAUGGAGCCGCUUUGGUCACAUUUGAAAGGGAAUUGUCCGAGACAUUGACCGAGACCAAGGAUGGUGAGAAACAAGUUACCAAGAAAUUGGAACAAAGUAAGGAAAGUGCCGCAAAGAAGGGUGCCAAAUUGUUAAAGAAAACCGACGAGGAGAGACGCUUAGAGCAGGAGGCACAAAAACUAAUCGAAAGCUAUCAAAAGGUUAAGAAAGAAGCAGAGAAACUAUAUAAUUUGGAAUUGGCUGAUGAUGAGCAAGGAUUCGAUUUGAGUGCCUUCGAGGAGAAGGAGAAAAAGGAGUCACAUGAAGUGCAAGUGGAAGAACCUACAAUAGAAUUGGAUGAAGAGCACAAGGAGAAGAUAGAGAAGGUGGAAGAACAAGAAGUCACCGUAAAGGUAGAAGAAGACCUUGGCUAUGUACUGCACAAGCACAUUAUUGAGGAUGCAAACAAAUUGGAACACACAUCUGCACCCACUCCGGCACCAAAGCCUAAACAUAAGCCUCCAGUACCCACUAAUAAGCCGAAACUGUCACCUCCAUCGCCACCGAUGAAACCAAAGGUGGCACCACCACCAGUGCCAACAAAACGCAGUGAAAAACCAACACCAACUCAGCGACGCAGCAGCCUGGAAUUGUCGCAAGCACCCAAACCCUUAGAGCGCAUCAUUGUGGGCGUAGAACAACCAAUUAUCACCUUGGCCAGCGUCGAUUUGCCAAAUGUGCCCCAACAAACUGAGCAGGCCAUGAACGGUGCCGCAUUAGAGGUAACAGCAUCGGUAACUCCCGUUGCUGUUGCUGCUGCUGCCGUUGUUGCUGCAUCCACCGGACCAGUAGUCGAAAUAGCAACAGCAGAAGCCCCCUUAUCGACCUCGAGCGAUGAGGCAUUGGAUCCAAAUGACCUGCAUUUUGAGAGCCAUCAGUUGCCCAAUGCAGAGAAGCAAACGCCAAAGGGAGCAAUUCUGAGCACCUCAUCCUCUACCGGCUCGUCCUCGUCAACGAUGUCUGAAACAACAACAACACCAAUAACAACACCAAUUUUGGUAUCAGCAACAUCAUCAAUGGAUUCGGUGAAAAGUGUCAUCGAGGUCAUCACUGACAGUCAGAAGCAACAUGAUGACCAAGAUGAUGACGAGAAUGACGAUGAUGAUGAUAAUGAUGACAAUAAUGGAGAAGAAGUACAUGCUGUAAGCGAACUAAACACUGCUGAGGAUGAUGUGUCAACGUUGUCGCCUAAUAGAGAACAUGAAACAGUGCAAAAUGAAAAUGGGUAUAUUAGCAUAUUACAACAAUUAAUCCAAAUGGCUCCUGAUCAUUUCAUCAACGUCAGACUAAGAUUAUUUUUAGCAAUCAGUUUGGGUUUCAAAAUUACAAAGAAAAGUUCUGAAAGGACGGACUUUCGCACGAAUAAGCACCAGAAGCAGCAGCAGCAGCGGCAGCGGCAGCGGCAGCGGCAGCGACAGAGAAUACAGAUGGGGGGGAAAUGUGAGAAGGAGAUGGUUGGGAAGGAGGAGGAGGAACGAAGUAGAAGGUUGGAAGUGGAGGUACAAGUUGAGUCAGCAGCUCAGCGAUUAGAAGCUUAA